AAUUGAUGUCAUGUACGCUGCCGUUUAGUGAGUACGUGCGCGUACAGGAUGUGCGGCGUGCGCUGUCACUGGAAGGGAGUACCAGCCAGGCGCGCGCACGUAUCUCUUUUCUGCCGGCGAGUCGCUUUAGGAGAGGAGCUGAACUCAACAGAAACGGAUCGUAGAGGACUGGGACAGGACCGGAGCGGGAUUUAAAAACUGGACAGUCGGGCCCAGAGGGUUCUAUGUCUAGCUUCAGCAAGAAAUCCGUUCCGAGUCGGCACCGCUGCUGCAGGUGGUCGUCGUGGGAGGGAGAGGGGCAAGCAGGGAACUGUACAUUCCCAAUGACUUUAUCGUUAUCCAAAUAAUAACAACACGCACGUAUUUAUGUAGAUUACCAAGGGACAUACACAUAACGCUACAUUUAAAUUGUAUUUGUUUUAAUAAUAAUAAUUAUGAGCAAUUACCCUGACAGGGCGUCUUUGAUAAGCGCAGAGAGCCCAGAUAAAAGCAGUCCCUCCGCCGGCGGCAGCGAUUGGGACCUGGGCAACGAUGUGUUCGUCUGCUGUUACGAGGAGCCGAUGGAUGGAGAGCGGAUUCACGGGGGGAUGCACUCUGUUCAAUCGGGUUUGGACCACCACCUGCUGUCCCUACGCAGCCGGCAUCGCUCUGCCGAGGAUGGCAUGGUGUUGGGCCUAGUGGAGGAGACUUACUCCAGCUUCCAUCAUAGCGACUCUGACACCGGCCUUGAUUACCUACACACGGGUGAGCAGGAUUACGAGAGCGACGCCGGUUUAGCCCCUCCAUUCGAUACCAGGAAACGGACCCGCUCCAGCAGCUCCAGGCACCGCUACGAGGUUGUUACAGAACUGGGACCGGAGGAGGUGCGCUGGUUCUACAAAGAGGACAAAAAGACAUGGAAGCCCUUCGUGGGAUACGAUUCCUUGAACAUCGAGGUCAUGUACCGCAAGUUCUGCGAACUCAACCCAGAGCAGGCCCGGCGCCCGGGGACAAGGGACACAGAGGAGGGGAAUGGGGUGGCGAAGGAGGUGGGCGCAAGCCCCGGGGGAGAGGAGGGGGCGAAUGUCGGGGGAUCAAGACAAGGGUCUCUGGAGAAAAGAAACAGUGAAGAUGGAGGAAGAGGGACCGAGGAAAAAGGAGAGGCUGCGAGGGACCCAGAUCUGAUCAGCAUCAAUUUUGAGCCUGUGUGUGUCAGAGGAGGGCUGUAUGAGGUUGACGUGAAAGACAAGGACUGCUACCCUGUGUACUGGAACCAGCAGGACCGGAUCCCGGUGAUGAGAGGCCAGUGGUUCAUCGACGGCACGUGGCUCCCUUUGGAGGAGGACGAGAGUGACCUCAUUGAGGAGGAGCACCUGAACUGCUUCCGUGGACAGCAGGUGCAGGACAGCUUCGACACAGAUGUGGUGGCCAAGACUAUAGACAGCAAUGAUGUUUUCUCCCACCUCCCCCCUUUCUACCUCCCCUUUCUGUUCAAAUGGAGAGGAUAUCAGCCGAGCGCUGACACUGCAUGUCACAAGCGAAAGCGUUGCGAAGCCAUCCACAGCCUGAAGCUGAGCCGCAGCCAUGUAGACUGGCACUCUGUGGACGAAGUGUACCUCUACAGUGAUGCCACCACUUCCAAAAUUGCCCGCACCGUCACGCAGAAGCUUGGCUUUUCCAAAGCAUCGAGCAGUGGGACCCGUCUCCACCGAGGGUAUGUAGAAGAGGCCUCUCUGGAAGACAAGGCCCCUCAGGCCACGCACAUCGUCUUUGUUGUGCACGGCAUCGGCCAGAAGAUGGACCAGGGCCGAAUCAUCAAGAACACAGGCAUGAUGAGAGAUGCUGCAAGAAAAAUGGAGGAAAAGCACUUUUCUGAAUAUGCCUCGGAGCACGUAGAGUUCCUGCCAGUGGAGUGGAGAUCCAAACUCUUUCUCGAUGGAGACACGGUAGACUCCAUCACUCCAGACAAAGUGCGCGGACUGAGGGACAUGCUGAACAGCAGUGCAAUGGACAUCAUGUACUACACCAGCCCUCUGUACAGGGACGAGAUCACGAAGGGCUUGACUCUGGAGUUGAACCGCCUGUACUCCCUGUUCUGCUCCCGUAACCCUGACUUUGAGGAGAAGGGGGGGAAGGUGUCGAUUGUCUCUCACUCACUGGGCUGUGUCAUCACAUUUGACAUCAUGACUGGCUGGGACCCGGUGCGAAUGUACCAGCAGGUAGAGCGCGACCUCAAGGAGACUGACAUGAGGUGGCUGAGCUAUGAAGAGCGUCACCUUCUGGAGGAACUGCACCUCACCAAGCAGCGGGUAAGAGAAAUUGAAGAGCAGCUGCACAGGGUGGAAAACUCUUCUGCUACAGCCUCACCAGCCUUGAAAUUCAAGGUUGAGAAUUUCUUCUGCAUGGGGUCUCCACUCGCGGUGUUCCUGGCUCUGCGGGGGAUCCGUCCCGGGAACAACGGCAGCCAGGACCACUUCCUGCCCAAGUCCAUCUGCCGUCGGCUCCUGAACAUCUUCCACCCCACCGACCCCGUGGCUUACAGACUGGAGCCCCUCAUUCUAAAGCACUACAGCAACAUCUCGCCCGUCCAAAUACACUGGUUUAACACUACCAACCCCAAUGGGUACGAGCAGGUCAGACCGACGCUCCUCAAUCCUGUUAAAGAGGCUACCUCUGCCUCCGACACUGAGAGCAUCCCCAGCCCUAGCACCUCCCCGGUGCUGGCACGCCGCCACUACGGAGAGUCCAUCACCAACCUCGGCAAAGCCAGCAUACUGGGAGCGGCGAGCAUUGGGAAGGGCAUCGGAGGAAUCUUCUUUUCACGAUUCGGACGUUCUAGUGCGAGCAUUGCCGCUGACGGCAGCGGAACAGAGCUGGAGGACAAGCGGCCCCUGGAGAGCCAGACGAGCUGCACCCUGUCAAGCACGUCCCAGUCUCAGUCCAACCCUAGCAGCAUCGACAACACACUGGAACUGGAGAGCCGCAUCGACUUUGAGCUGCGAGAGGGCAUGGUGGAGAGUAGGUACUGGUCUGCGGUGACUUCGCACACGUCUUACUGGUCCUCACUGGAUGUGGCACUGUUCCUGCUCACUUUCAUGUACACAAAGGAGCAGCCUGAUCCCAGUGAGGAUGAUCCAGACCCAGUGUAGCACACCUGCACACUUGCACCUCGCUCCCUGACACUGGAGGAUAGUCUGGAUCCUGUGGAACCCUCAACACUGGAGUCUCGCUCGCUCAGUCGCACAAGAGAACCAUUGGUCCAACCUGUAAAUGCUGGAGUCUCACCUGUGAACCCAGACCUCAGAGCUUACCCCUGAUCUGCACAUGUCCAUACUACUGGAGCGUCAUUCACUUCCGAGACCUGGAGUCUCCCACACAGGUAUAAUCUGGUGCCAUUACAAAACUGAAUUGUCGUCCUUACCGAGUCUGCUGUCUGCGUAAUACUUAACACAGGGCAACACCCUCCUGAUCACAAUGAUCCGGGCCUUUGUUCCUCAUCUGAUCACUGUGCAAACCCCAUUCACUGGCUCUCCACAAUGAUCUGGACUUGUCAACUGGAGACUGUCACACUUAAGUCAGGAGCCUGCAAAACAAACUCAUUCACUUGUAACUAUUCCUGUCCAUUCUUGUGCACCCAUCUGAACACUGGAGAUGGCCUGCCUCUCUCCUGCACAGGAGUACAGGAACCCCAGUCUGUAUUAUACAUUUUUUUAAUUUUAUGUUUUGUCUUAUUUUAUGUGUAACCCUGAGUUUUUUUUGUUUGUUUUAUUCUUUCUUUAUAUAUGUGUGUGUGUGUGUGUGUGUGUGUAUAUAUAUAUAUAUAUAUAAUAUAUAUAUAUUGACUGUUUAAAAAUAAAAAAAACAGGAAAAGAAUCAUUGAUGUUAAAUUGAAUGUAUUUCCUUUCCUUUUAACCUCACCUACCUCCCCUUUUUUAUUUGAUGUGUUUUUAAAUAGAUUCACCUUUUUAAAUGCCAAUUGAAUUAAGCCUGGCACAGUACAGCAUGGAAGAAAAUAAAACUGUUUUGAAUAGCAAUUUGAGCUCUUUAGCAGCCUUGGUUGCAUAUGACCUCUACUGUAGCUGCAUGCGGUCUAAGUUCAGGGCAGCACAGUUUUGUGUAAGUAAGCUCGCAGACUCACUGGCUCGGACUGCUACGGCUAUGAAAUCGUAUUGUGCUCCUCAACAAGCAUAGUCGUAUCUACCCUGAUAUGCCCCUGCGCUCUAGUUGAUUAUCUUUGAAACGCACAGAGGGUGUGCCUGCCUCUACGGACAGCUGCUGGCUUUAUCCUUCACAAUAAGAGAAACUCGUUUUAGGGAUGAGCUGCAGUGUUCUCCGAUUACUGUCUAUCAUUGUGCAGUUUCAUGACCUACAGAGCUUCCUUUCACUUUGAACAAUGAAAAGCAGCAGCAAAGAAAGACAAACUGCAUCACGGUGUGUUUCCACCAGAUACAGAAUAUACAGUGCUUUCAAGUGCCACUCCAAUGACUAACGUACGUUUCUGCAGCUUUUGUUUGAUCAAAUUCAGCUUGGCUGAUGUAGGAGAGAAGGUUCUCGCCCCCUACUGUUACCCAGAUGAAUCCUACAAACAAGAAAUAAAAGCAAGAGGGACUGAUGUACAAUGUUUACAAUUAAACCUGUAAAACUGUA